AUGAGCAAUGAAGUGCCUCGCGUUUACAGGGAAAUAAUAGAAGAAGUAAUAAGGAACACAACAGACGACAACUACAGGAUAGGCAUGGACAGGGCAGUGCUUGAUGAAAUAAAAAACACAUGGAUUGCCAAAAUAUGCGAAUACACAGACAUAGGAGAGUACAAAAUAAGACACAACUACAACCCAAACAACCCCGGGGUGGAUGGCUAUUAUAAUGGAGGAUAUCCAUACUCCGACUACGGAUACAGCCGAGAGUAUCCAUACUACUACCAGGACAAAGAAGAAAAAGAUCACUCGGAAGACCAGUACGAUGGGGGCGCAGGAGACACACACAAUGAAGAAGAGCUCGACUCAAACGAUCUCUCAGAGAGCGACUGCGACAUAGAAAGCGAAGAGCCCACUAAAAAUGUGAUGCUCUGUCUGUUUGACAAAGUGACAAGGGUCAAAGACAAAAGAAGAUGCACCUUGAAGCACGGCUUUCUUACCAUUGGAAGAACAGACUACACAUUCAAUGUGGCAAACGGGGAUCUUGAGUGGUAG